AGAGAGAGAGAGAGAAUAUAUCUCUCCUUCCCAACAGGAAUAUAUACUGGAAGGGAACCCAAAGCAUCACCUACCAGAAGGUACAGGCUGCCUGGACACUUCUUCACUUGCCAUCUCAGGAGGGAAGACACAUUGGAGUCAAAGAUAGCAUAUGUCUGAUUUUCAAGCCCAAGACGCUUGCUUACUAGCUGCUGUCAAGCUGGUGGAAGGAAAGAAAACCAACAGGGAGAAAGGAGACUCCCUCCCAGGCACUGCCGUCACCCCGCGCCUUCCUUUUCCUCCCAAGCUGUGCAGUGCUUGGCUCUAGCUCUGCCAGCCACUGCUGCUGCCAUUGCCGCUGCCAGGCUGAUAGAUUUCACCAGGAGCGCUGAGAACCCCUGCGGGAGGUGGAGUCAGAGACUGCGGGAGCUGUAACUUCCCUAGCCCGACUCUACCUCGGUCCCUCUGCAGGCUGUUUUCUCUCUUCUUCGCCACUAGCCGACUCACUGGGAAGCUCGCGUGGAAAAGGAGGCUAGAGAGCGCUGCUGCGUGGAAGAUGUGGGAGUCAGCUUGGUAGAAGAGGGGUGGGGGCAGCGUGUGCUGAAGAGUGUUGACAAUUCAGCCUGCAGCGGCGGAAGCACAGAGGCGCAGCUGGAGCAGUAGAGGACGCGCUGGAGGUGUGGUGGACCGAAGACUGGGCAGCCUCUCCACGUUGGAUUUGUCCCAGAAUCUUUGGGGCCGAGAGUACAAGGAGAGAUGCGGGAACUGAACAAGAGGGCGGAUGCUGUGGAGUGCCUGUGCCUACCCUGAAAGCUCCUGGGGUCAGCAAGUUCCACUCUCCCCUCAGUAGUGUGCCCCGGUCCCUCCCUCCUACCCCCGGCGUUCCCUCCGAUGUCUGUGAUCCGGUUGACAGCCGAGGUUGAGGCUGCGGCCGACCCUUAGGGGGUGCCCGAAGGAGCCGAGGAAGGGGAGGCCAUGUGAUGGCACUUGACGUCGAGCAAGAGCAAGAAGAAAAGAAAAAGAAGAAAAAGAAGAGGAGAAAGAAGAGAGAGAGAGGCGAGAAGAGCAGGGUGCCCUUUAGCCCCAUGAUGAUUGAGGACGACUCGGCACUCCGAACCGGCGGCAGGGGUCUCUCGGACCAGUGGGCGGACUCGGUGGGGAUGCGGCCCGGUACGACUGAACGCCACAUCACCGUGCACAAGCGGUUGGUGCUCGGCUUUGCCGUAUCCAUCCUGGCGCUGUUGAUGGUGACUAUGAUCGCAGUACUCCUUAGUUUACGCUUUGAGGAGUGCGGAGCCAGCGCCGCUGCAGCCGCCGGGGGAGCUGAGGCAGAUCGCAUUCCUGGGGGUGCCCCGGCUCGGACCAACACAUCCCAUCGGUCUGGGGAGGAACCCGGGAGGCCAGUGGCAUCUGGGGGUAUAAUGCCUGGGAUCCCCGCAUCCAAGGAGCCGUUGGAAGAGGAGGAACAGGGACGCUGGCAGCCCUGGACUCAGCUGCGCCUGCCGGGUCACCUAAAACCCCUGCAUUACAACUUGAUGCUGACUGUCUUCAUGGAGAACUUUACUUUCUCUGGGGAAGUCAACGUGGAAGUUGCUUGCCUGAACGCCACUCGCUAUAUCGUGCUGCAUGCUUCCAGGGUAGUAGUGGAGAAGGUGCAGGUGGCGGAGGAUCGCGCCUUCGGAGCGGUGCAGGUUGCCAGUUAUUUCCUGUACCCCCAAAAUCAAGUCUUUGUGGUGGUGCUCAGUCAGACUUUGGAGGCGAAAAGGAAUUACAAUCUCAAAAUCAUUUACAAUGCCUUGAUCGAGAAUGAGCUGUUGGGCUUCUUCCGCAGCUCUUACGUGCUUCAUGGGGAGAGAAGGUUCCUUGGUGUAACUCAAUUUUCUCCGACACAUGCAAGAAAAGCCUUUCCCUGUUUUGAUGAACCCAUCUACAAGGCGACUUUCAAAAUCAGUAUUAAGCAUCAAGCCACAUAUUUGUCUUUAUCUAAUAUGCCGGUAGAAACUUCAGUUUUUGAGGAAGAUGGAUGGGUUACGGAUCACUUUUCACAGACUCCACUCAUGUCCACCUAUUACUUAGCCUGGGCUGUGUGCAACUUCACCUUUCGGGAGAUGGUUACGAAGAGUGGAGUCAUAGUACGAUUAUAUGCGAGACCUGAUGCAGUCAGAAGAGGAUCUGGAGAUUAUGCUCUCCAUAUAACAAAGAGAUUGAUAGAGUUUUAUGAAGACUACUUCAAAGUGCCCUAUUCUCUACCAAAACUAGAUCUUUUAGCUGUGCCUAAGCAUCCGUAUGCUGCUAUGGAGAACUGGGGACUAAGUGUUUUUGUGGAGCAAAAGAUACUUCUGGAUCCCAGUAUUUCAUCCAUUUCCUAUUUGCUGGAUGUCACAAUGGUUAUUGUCCAUGAGAUAUGCCAUCAGUGGUUUGGUGACCUUGUGACUCCUGUCUGGUGGGAGGAUGUAUGGCUGAAAGAAGGCUUUGCUCACUAUUUUGAAUUUGUUGGGACUGAUUACCUCUAUCCAGGCUGGAAUAUGGAAAAACAGAGAUUUCUGACUGAUGUGCUCCAUGAAGUGAUGCUACUGGAUGGCCUGGCCAGUUCACACCCAGUAUCCCAAGAAGUGAUUGAGGCCACUGACAUUGACAGGGUUUUUGACUGGAUCGCAUAUAAAAAGGGUGCGGCUUUAAUCCGAAUGUUGGCUAACUUUAUGGGCCAUUCAUUAUUUCAGAGGGGUUUGCAAGAUUAUUUAACCAUUCAUAAGUAUGGCAAUGCAGCUAGAAGUGAUCUGUGGAAUACCCUAUCAGAGGCUUUACGAAAGACUGGAAAAUAUAUAAAUAUUCAAGAAGUGAUGGAUCAGUGGACUCUCCAGAUGGGUUAUCCUGUCAUUACCAUUUUGGGAAAUGGGACAGUUGACAAUAUGAUUGCCAUUUCUCAGCAACAUUUUAUUUAUGACAGCAGGGCUAGAGUCAGGACCACUGAGUUAGGAAAUAACAGUUAUCUAUGGCAGAUCCCAUUAACUAUUGUCUUAGGAAAUAGGAGCCAUAUCUCAUCAGAAACAAUUAUAUGGGUGUCCAACAAAUCAGAACAUCACAGAAUUACUUUGGACAAAGAAAGCUGGUUGCUGGGGAACAUCAAUCAAACUGGCUACUUUAGGGUCAACUAUGAUCUAAGGAACUGGAGAUUAUUAAUUGACCAACUAAAACAGAAUCAUGAGGUUCUCUCUGUCAGUAAUCGUGCAGGUUUGAUCGAUGAUGCUUUCAGCCUAGCCAGAGCUGGCUAUUUGCCUCAGAAUAUUCCCCUGGAGAUUAUCAAAUACCUUUCUGAGGAAAAGGAUUUUCUUCCAUGGCAUGCUGCCAGUCGGGCUCUCUAUCCUCUAGAUAAAUUACUGGACCGAAUGGAGAACUACAAUGUCUUCAAUGAAUAUAUUUUAAAACAAGUGGCAACGACAUACAUCAAGCUUGGAUGGCCAACAAUUAAUUUUAAUGGGUCCCUUGUUCGAGCGUCUUAUCAACAUGAAGAAUUACGGCGAGAAGUAAUAAUGCUGGCAUGCAGCUUUGGUAACAAACAUUGUCACCAGCAGGCUUCAACACUCAUUUCAGACUGGAUUUCCAGCAAUAGGAAUCGAAUACCUCUUAAUGUCAGAGACAUCGUCUAUUGUACGGGAGUUUCACUAUUAGAUGAAGAUGUAUGGGAAUUCAUUUGGAUGAAAUUCCACUCCAUGACAGCAAUAUCUGAGAAGAAAAUAUUAUUGGAAGCCUUAACUUGUAGUGAUGACAGAAACUUAUUAAAUCGGCUUCUGAAUCUGUCACUGAAUUCUGAGGUGGUGUUGGACCAAGAUGCAAUUGAUGUCAUAAUCCAUGUAGCUCGAAAUCCACAUGGCAGAGAUCUUGCAUGGAAGUUUUUCAGAGAUAAAUGGAAGAUAUUAAAUACCAGAUAUGGAGAAGCUUUAUUUAUGAAUUCCAAGCUUAUCAGUGGAGUCACAGAAUUCCUUAAUACAGAAGGUGAACUUAAUGAGCUGAAAAGCUUCAUAAAGAACUACGAUGGAGUAGCAGAUGCAUCCUUUUCCCGGGCUGUGGAGACUGUGGAAGCCAAUGUUCGAUGGCAAAAAUAUUACAAAGAAGAACUUUUCCACUGGUUACAAAAAGCUCUCAGGCACUAGUCUGUGUCCGUUAAAGACAAUAUAACUUGAAAUAUCAGAAGAGGAAAAAACAUCAAAAGGAAAAUGUUUGACAUCAAAAUGGCAAAGACAAAAUCGGAUUUGCAGGGUGUUUGGUGAGGAAGAGUCAUUUUUGUUUUUAUCUAUUUUGGACUUUAUUUUGUAUGGGGCUCCUCCUUAUCUACAAAGUUAAAAUCUUCUUUGAGAAGCAACCAUAGUGGCAACUGCUGCUUACCAACCCUCACUGUACAGGAUCAAAUAUGGUGCAUGUUGGUGUCAGUCUGGAAGACAACAAUUCUGAGUAAUUUGUGCAUGGUCAUAGCAUCCUGUCCAUAAUUCCAGCAUGCAUUUCUUUAGGUGUCCCGAGUUUUGUAUGUGAAUUGACGUUACACCAGGAUGGGCAUUAUGCAAAAGCACAAAAAGGAUCCAUGACAAUCAAUGUCAUCAUCAAAGAAGAAAAUAGAGACUUUCUAUAGAAUCUCUAAAACUUGGGUGCCAUGAAAUGUACAAUAACCCUUACAGGACUGGUACCAAUUACCAAACAAGUAGAUUGUCAGUGAUUGUCAGGAUGUUAACUCAUUCUUUGAGUUAAAACUAUGUUCAUAUAGAAUGCAUUUAGAUACUAUAUACAUAUCUGUAUGUUUCUAGUAGAAAUCUCUUCAGAUCAAUGAACAGUUCUCUAUUUCUAAACUUAUGCAAAUUUUGAAACUGCUUGAAAAGACUACUGUCUUUCCUAGGUAAUUAAGGCAGUAAACAGUCAGAAUGAUUCCCUUAAACUGCUAUGAGUUCUUUAGCCAUUUUUGUGAAUGAUGAGGCUUAUUCCAACUCAAGCCCAAUCAGGUGUAUCAACAGGUCAUUCAUUCACUUAAAUGCUAAAACAUUAAGAAUUAGAGAAUGUUUAAUAUUUGGGGUAGUACUCUCCCUCUUCCCCCAUUCCACAAAAAGAAAAAGAAAGGAAAAGAAAAUCCAUAUUGUUAAAUCUAAAUUAUUUGAUGUUUUUUUUUUCCCCCAGUCUUCACAUUUCACAAAUGUAUAUGCAUAAAUGUAUUCAUGGUAUCCAGUGCUGAGAAUGAUUUUUUUCCCCUAUGUUAUUUUGUUCAUGUUCCACUUCCUACGAUAUAAUUGCUUCCUAAGCAUUCUAGGAUUAUAGAAUCUGCCUGAGUGCCUGUAUUGUGUAUGACCUCCCAAUCUUCCAUCAAGCAACCAUACCUCAGCAAAUCUAUUAGUGUUUAAUGACUUUGAUAUCAGUUGUACCAUUUGUUAGGGCUGAAAAGUGACUUUUCUUGUGUCAUUGUAUAAAGCUUUUCUUUUGCAUAGACUUUGCCAUGCUGCCCAAGAAAGUACAGAAUAUGUUGUAUAUCAACAUUUGAAAUCUUAUUUCUGAUUUGUAGAAAUACCCAUUGGCCAUACUCUCCCCAUUUCAGAUUUAAAUCUAUCACUAGCAAUUAUCAUCCAGGUUUAUUAUGUAUAAAAAUGAAAUGAUGUUUACUGCUUGUAAAACAAAUGCUUGUGAAUUAAUCCCCUGUGGAUGGUUGCCACUCUACCAAAAUCUCCUUGCAAACUAUCAAAACAAAGUACCAGUACCUUUAGGAUAAAUAUUAAUAAUAAAAUAGUAAAUCUUAAUAAUUAGAGCUAUAAAUUUAUUUGAAAUAUAAUAAGCUAACUUCUGAAAUUGAAUUCCAUUCUUUUGGCAUGAUGUCUCUCACCUUCUUGAAUUUCUUAAUAGUGCAUUCAUGUAAUACAUAUCAAUAGUAAAUAUUCUGCAUGAAGGCACAUGUGGUAUUAGUGUGCCUUUUUAAUGUCUGGUAUCAAGGGUUCUAAAUAUCAACUCAUUGACGUGAAUUGGUAUAACUCAGUUACUAUUGUUAAGUAACUGAGUUACUGAGUAACUGAGUUGAAAUGUUGUCAGAAAGAGUCUUCUCUACCAAUCCCUACUGUGUAUUUGCAGACUACUUAAUCAGGAACAAUAAGUCUUACAUGGACAUGUGCAUUCUUAACAUACUGGUAGCAAUCUUGGACCCAUGCCAGAUAUUUAUCACCAAUGGUUAAAGAAACUAGGCAAAUUGAAACAAAAAACUAUUAUAGGUGAACAUCCUGGUUGUUUCUUACAUUUCCCCUUUAUCUAAGCUUAUUGAUAAUACCUUUUAAAAAAAGCUGAGUGGUUUUUUAGUUACUCUAUUAAUAAUUUUUGCUGCUCUGCAAAUAUUUUAGUGGCCUUGAGCAAGUGUAAUAUCAAAUCCUAAGUAUAUACCUGUACAUAUUGUUCAAUACUUUAUAUUGUUCUUGCUUUGCAGUACAGUAGUGACAGUAAUGAUCCUUGUUUCUUCAUAGUUUAGUCUAUUCAUUGUUUUAAACUAUAUCAGGCUUCGGGUUUUUUUUCUUCUUCCAGUCACUAAAAUGCAUUGUGUUUUUCUAAAUAAUAAAAUAAUCAUA